AUGCUGCUGAAGAGAUCCCCGGCGGAGUGGACUCUCCCGCGGCUCUGCGGAGAGCUUCUCAAGCACACCUCGGCGCACGGGAUCCCCAACGUGUUCCGCGCGGCGCACUGGUGCCGCCGGUUGCUCUGGGCCGUUUUCGUGGGCUUUGCUCUGUGCUGCGCGCUCUGGCAGUGCACGGAGAUGGUGCUCAACUACUACAGAUACCCGUCCCACGAGAAGAUAACCUUAGUGUCCAACACCAUGCUGGCGUUCCCCGCCGUUACCAUCUGUAACCUGAACAGCGUCCGCUACUCCUCAGUGCGCAAGAGCGUCACCAUGACAAAGUCACUGCAGGAUCUGGGGUUGAAGCAAUCUCACCGCAGGAACAAGUCCUCGUGCUGGAACACCACCUGCCCCGACGCACCGGCCGAGAGCGACAGCUACCCACGCGCCCUCAGGAAGUUUGCCUCGCAGUUCAACCAGCUCUCGGACGAGGAGAAGAUCGCAAUGGGACACCAGCUGGAAGACAUGCUGAUCUUCUGCAACUUCCACGGGCAGAUGUGCGACACCAGCUUCUUUUCUGGAUUCGUCAACUAUAAGUUUGGAAACUGCUACACCUUCAAUUCUCAGAAGACGACAGACAUCAGAGGAGCCCCGAUCAGUGGCGCGGCUCUGAACACCACCAGGGCUGGCUUCGUGUACGGGCUGCACCUGGAGCUGUUUAUCCAGCAGAUUGAGUAUGUGAAGGAUGUCACUCACUCUGCAGGGAUACGCCUCCUGGUCCACGACCACGCGGCCACGCCCUUCCCCGAGGACGAGGGCGUUAACAUCCCGCCAGGCACUGAGACCGACAUCGGCAUGAUGAAGGUGAGCGCGGAAGCGCACAGGUGAAGCCCUGUGAACCUGUGC